CGGGGUGCGCAAGGCGGGGCCCCGGGGCUCCAGCGGUUGGGAAAGCAGGACGGGAUCCUGAGCGGCGGGCAGCUGCACCGGGGAGGCGGGCCCGAGCUCCAGCUGUUGGCGAGGGAGGAGCUGCGAGCGCGCCUCUGGCUGCGCGCCUGGGGAGCCCGGCGAGGGGCCGGCUGGGCGCGCCUCUUGCCUGCUGCGGGCUCGCCUCCCGCCGCGCUUGUGCCCCGUGCCCGGCUGCAGCAGGCGGGCGGGCGCCACCAUGCCCGGGGCCGGCUCUGACCAGUGCUACGAGGGCCAGAAGCAGCUGGCGGCCGAGGAGAGCCCGGCCAUCAGCGCCGUCAUGUUCUCGGCCGGGCUGCUGGGCAACCUGACGGCGCUGGCGCUGCUGGCCCGGCGCCGGCUGGGGCGGCGCGGCCGGCCGCUCUCCCUCUUCCACUGGCUGGUGACCGUCCUGGUGCUCACCGACCUGCUGGGCACCUGCCUGGUCAGCCCCGUGGUGCUGGCCUCCUACGGCCGCAACCACACGCUGAUGGCGCUGGCCGAGGGCCAGGAGCUCUGCCGCUACUUCGCCUUCGCCAUGAGCUUCUUCGGCCUGGCCACCAUGCUGGUGCUGUUCGCCAUGGCGCUGGAGCGCUGCCUGGCCCUGGGCCAGCCCUACCUCUACGAGCGCCUCGCCAGCCGCCGCUCGGUGCUGCGGCUGGCCCUGCCGGCCCUCUCCGCCUUCGCCGCCGCCGCCUUCUGCGCCCUGCCGCUGCUGGGCUUCGGCAGCUACGUGCAGUAUUGCCCGGGCACCUGGUGCUUCAUCCAGAUGCGCCUAGGGCGCGCCGCCAAGGAUGGUGCCGGCGGCGGGGACACCGCCUACUCGCUGCUCUACGCCACGCUGCUGCUGCUGCUCAUCCUGGCCGUGCUGCUCUGCAACCUGAGCGUCAUCCGCAACCUGGUGGGCAUGCACCGCCGCGGGCAGACCUCCCGCCGCCUGGCCUCGCUGGAGCAGCCCGCCGGGCGCCGGAGGCUCUCCGUGUCCGAGGAGGUGGAUCACCUCAUCCUCCUGGCCAUCAUGACCAUCACCUUCAUCGUCUGCUCCCUGCCUUUCACGAUUCGGGCCUAUAUGAACAAGUUUAUGCAAAAAGAAGACUAUAAGAAGGACCUUCUAGCGCUGAGAUUCUUAGCAAUUAAUCCAAUUAUUGACCCUUGGGUCUUUGUCAUCCUUAGACCUUCAGUUCUGAGGGUAAUCCGUUCUGUACUGUGCUGUCAGAUGUCCCUAAAGACCCAAGACAACAUGCAGACGACUCCUGCUGCAGAGUCAAAAUCCAAUAAGCAGAUUGACCUUUGCGGGCAGUAAUCACAAGCAGCGUUCAGUGGAGACAUCUGGAAGAUCUUGCUGAAAUGGCUCCUCAGGGUAAUGAACAAACUUAGAAGUAUAAACACGAUGGGAAGCUGGCCUUUUAGGUUACUAAACAAACACAUUUACUGUACAAUGGAUUGAACUGCAGUCUGGCUGACAAGAGGCUGCAGGGUUUGUCAAAAAGCUAAGGGAAGACUAUCUAAAGUGAGCAUUUUCUAUUUAUGGUCAGCAUCCUAGAGGCUAAUCAAUAACUGGAUUUCUGUUGCCACUAGACCGGAACUUUCAUGUUGAACUGAGGACAUGUGCCGCACUCUAGUGUGUUUGAAACGCUAAAAAGCUAGUGGCUAUUUACUGUAAGUCCAGGAGACAAAUGUUUUCUCUAACACUAUGCCUAGUGAUACAGUUUGGUGGGGAGACACAGAAGAGUUAAUAAUAGAGCUUCGGCUUACUGAUUUGUUGCUAAACCCGCCGAGUCCUUAUUAGCUUCAUGGAGGCUUAACUAACCAUUUAUCUAACUACUGAAACUGAAGUCUUGAGAUCCCUGUGCAUUGGCCUGCUAAACCCAGGGUUGUGAGUUCAAUCCUAGAGGAGACCAUUUAGGGAUCUGGGGAAAAAAUUGGGGAUUGGUCCUGCUUUAGCAGGGGGUUGGACUGCAUGACCUCCUGAGGUCCCUUCCAACCCUGAUAUUCUAAGAUUCUAGGAUUUCUGUCUCAGAGAUAUCUGUAUUGCCAUGUGCCUUCGUAUAACUACAGUCUUGCCUUGGGGUGGGGAGGAAGGCUAAAGCUACCUCCGCUUCUUGUCACUCUGUUUUCCAAGUGCCCUACAGCAGUGGUUCUCAAACUUUUGUAGUGGUGACCCCUUUCACCCAGCAAGCCUGAGAGCCCCCCCUUAUAAAUUAAAAACACCAUUAUAAAUGCUGAGGUCAUAGCCUCACAACCCCCUGAGGGGUUCUGAUCCCCAGUUUGAGAACCCCUGCCCUACAGCUAGAGGAAGAAAAGCCAGCUGGGUUCCUCUCUUAGGGUCAAAGCUGUUAGGGUGGGCAGAAGCAGGGUUACAUCUCUCUGCUCCAGAAUCCUGAUUUUUAGAGCAGCUCUCCUUAGGUAGGGUCAUGCUUAAUGGUGGGCAAAUGUCAACUGAGCCCCCCCUGUGUUGCAGCACUCAGCCUCUCCCCCCCACCUCCUCAACAACCUUUUGGAUCAAAGAACUUUGCUUUGGGCUGCAACCGGCCUCCAUCUUACAGCAGAUGCCCGUCCCCCCCCCCCCCCCCGCAUUUGCGCUGGUAGGAUCAGGAGCUGAACAUGCUUCUAAGCAUGGGGCCCGUGCAUCUCUGAAGCUGGGGUGUCCCCGCUGGGACAUGGCCUGCUGCCCUUCAGUGCUGGGAGAGAUGGUUGCUUGUGCAGAAGGAAGGAAGUUUCCCAUGCUGUGUCACUAGGGGUUUUCUAGAGGACCCAACACCUUUGUAGUUAGGUGACUCUUCCCAUGCAAGCCUGAUACAGUCCUGUGCAUGACAAGUCUUUGCAGCCCCUGCUCGUAGGCAUUUUCCAUAUAAGGCCAGGGAAGAAAUACCACACAAGAUACGUAUGUAAUCAUCACAUCUCGUCCUCGGUAAAGCUGUGGGAAUGAUGACAUGAAGUCUUAAAUAUCGGGGGAAAUAUUUCACAAGAUAGAGUGACCUUCUACCAGGCUGGCUUCUCCAGAGGAGCUGUGAUUCCAGCUGUGAUUCUAAGCAGGAAGCUGCCUUCGUUUUACAUUAUGGACUGGCUCCCACAGAACUCAUGGGGAGCUUUGCCACUGAGUUCAAUGGAAGCAGGAUAGCUGUCUCCUGUCCAAGCCCGCCGUGUGCUGGAAAGACCUUUUUCCUAGAGUGAUUGGCCCUGAUUCAGUGGAGCAUUUAAGUUCUCAAUGCUUUGCUUAAUCAGGGCCCUAACUAAGUUAUGACUUAAAGACCCUCCUCUGAAAAAGAUAUGGUUUUCCUUAAGUGCCGUAUGUAAAGCAGGUUUUCAGACAGACUGUGGUAUAUUGUACAUGACGCUGAUAUAUGGAUAAAAAGAAAGCAGUACUUGUGGCACCUUAGAGACUAACAAAUGUAUUCGAGCAUAAGCUUUUGUGGGCUACAGGCCACUUCAUCGGAUGCAUAGAAUGGAACAUAUAGUAAGAAGAUAUAUACAUACAUACAGAGAAGGUGGAAGUUGCCAUACAAACUGUAAGAGGCUAAUUAAUUAAGAUGAGCUAUUAUCAGCAGGAGAAAAAAACUCACUAAAAAAGUUCACGAAAGCUUAUGCUCUAAUAAAUUUGUUAGUCUCUAAGGUGCCACAAGUACUCCUUUUCUUUUUGCGGAUACAGACUAACACGGCUGCUACUCUGAAACCUGAUAUAUGGAUGUUGGUGUAGAUCAGCAGCUGUCUUUUUGUUGGCUAUGCCAAGGAGAACCACAGAGGUUCAGAGAGGGGUGAAGAGAAAAUUGCCCCAAAAGAAUUCCAGAGGGUAGACAUGAGGGCCCAUUUUGGAGGCUGGAGCUAGACUGACUCCAUAAUACAGAGGAUAAUGUUAGAGUUACUUAGCUCUGUAGUUCUCCAUCUCUGCCGUAACCAGAUCCCCUCCCAUUUAAUAAGAUGGGAGUCUCAGGAUGAGCAUGAUCCACUGACAACCUAAUAAUACCCAAUUCUUAUUCUAGUGCCUUUCCUCAGUAGAUUUCAAAGCACUUUACAAAGAAGGUCAGUAACAUUUUGCUCACUGGGAAACUGAGGCACUUUUUUUGUUUGUUAAACUUAAGAGGUUAUUUUUAUGUGAUAGUGUUAUUUCCAGUGUUCCAGGGUGCUGCUUUCUAUUGAGAUUUUUAUUUAAAUAAAAAUGCAUUCAGUUUGUCAGGUACGUACUCUCUGCUAUGUCUGUUCUUGCCAAUGGUAUGUUAUCAGGAUUGGCUCAGCCGUUAUUAGUGGUUUCAGACCAAAUUCUGCUUUGAUUUCACACCCUGUGCAAUCCGCACUGAAGUCAGUGUAAGAAGAUCCAAGCCCAUUAAACUUCAGCUGAAAAGGGCCUUAUUUUCCAUAACCUUUUCCCCUUUCCUUCUAUGGGACCCUCAUUGAAGUCAAUAGACUUGCUUACACUAGAGAUUAAUUUUCCCAAAUGGGAUUACCCAUGAUAACUGGUACAUAAGGAGUGUUACUCCAGUGUUGCUCCACUUCUUUUAAAAAAAAACAAAACAAAACCCAAAAUGUUCAUAGUUUAUUGCAAGUAGAUCUUGUAUAUUUAAGAGUUUUUAUUUCUUGUCUAAAAAUACCCAAAAUGAAAAGAUUUGAAGCUUUUUGUAUUUCUGCAAUUGACAUAACAUAAAAUUACUCUAAUAAAAAUCAUCUUUCCAAAGUA